AUGCCCCAGGUGUUGUCUCUAGACGAUGUGACUAUAGCGGUUGCUGGAGGGGGCGUGGGUAUAGAGGGCGGUGGUGGGGAAGAAGGGGAAGAGGGGGAGGAGGAGGAAGAUGAUGAGGAUGAUGAUGAUGAAGAGGAGGGAAAUGAGGAGGAGGAGGGUAAUGAGGAGGAGGAUAGGGGGGAUGAGGAGAGGGCUUCUGCUCGGUUCCUCUCCUCCCUCCUCUCGUUCCUCCUCUCAGCCACGCGUUUCCUCCUCACCUCCCUCUCCGCGUCCUUCUCUUCUGAAAACGCACCACAGCGAGCAAUUGCCUCCUUUAAAGUCACCCUCGCAAUAGUCACAGCGGCCCUCCUCGGCUACCUAGUCUCCCCCUCAUUCGACUUCUGGGCAGCAGUCACUGUAGCAUUCGUUUCAGGGGGAUACCAGGGGGGGUCGUUCAAAGCCUCUAUGCUGAGACUACAAGGGACAGUAGCAGGGGCUGUGUUUGGUUACUUGCUGGUUCCUUUAACUACAGACCGCAUGCCGCUGCUGCUGUCGGCGCUGGCUGUGUGGGUGUUCCUGACUGCGUUUGUGCGGACGAGUAAAGAGUAUGGGUAUGCAGGAGUGGUUGCUGCUUUCACUGCUGCGAUCAUCAUGCUGGGGUAUCCGGCUCUCAACAGCCCUCCUCCUCCUUCCCUUUCUCCCUCACCCCCUCCCCCCUCCCCUCCCUCCUCCUCUGUCUCUCUCUCCGACUUAACAGUCGAGCAUUACGCGCUAUUGAGAAUCACAGAGACGUGCAUUGGUCUCGUGUCUGUGAUUCUCAUUGAGCUUCUCGUGUUCCCCACGCGUGCUGCGGCUCUGGCUCGGGCCGAGCUUGUCGCAAACAUCACCCGUUGCCGCGUCUGCGCUGCCACGGUUGCCUGGUCGUACUUCGGCGGGACGUUCGAGAGGAGGUUCGGCGGGAGGUUCGGGGAUGGGCCGGGUGGGGCGGGGAGGUGUGGUGGUAGUAAGUUGGGCUGGGCAGGGUGGUUUGGAAGGUGGUUCGGGCGGCAAAAUGGGAUGGCAGCAGGGAAUGUAGGAGAUGGGCGAGCAGAGGUGGCUCUUGGAGUGACUUGGAAGGGGAUGGGUGGAGGAGUGGAGAGCGGUGCAGUGCAGGUGAACGGAGGGAGGGGGAAUGUGGCAGAGUUGAACUCUGUGGGGAGGGAGAGGGAGGAGAGAAGGGAGAGGGAGAUGGAGGUGGCUAGGGAGGGGUGGAGGGUUCUAGAGGAGGAGAGGGAGAGAGGGAGAGGGGGAGGGUGGGUGGGGGGAGGGGAAGGUGGGGUGGGGGAAGUAGGGGCGCGGGGAGGAGGAGAAGGGGGAGAAGGUGGGAUGGAGAGUGGAGUGGGAGCAGAGGGGGGAAUGGGCGCAGUCGGGGGAGCAGACGGGGAAAGCGGAGUGGGGGGAUUAGUGGGUAGCGGAGUGGGGGGAGCAGUGGGGAACGGAGUGGGGGAAGCAGUGGGAAACACAGGGGGGAAAAGGGAACUGGUAAGCAGUAAUGAACCGUUCCCAGUGGUUGCUGCAAAUCGAGCAACCAGUGCGGGUGACGUAAAAGCCUUGGGAGGAAGGGCAGAAAUGGGCAGCGCCGGGAGUUCUGGUAUGACUAGCAGGGAGGAAGAGCGAGUGGUAGAAGCAGCACCGGAUCAGGGUCUAUCGGGAGCAGCAGGAGCAGGUGCAACGAUUGCUACAGCAGCACCACCCGGCAUAUGCUGUCCCUCAGGAGUGGGAACAGGAAUGGGAGUGGGAGUGAAGGUGCUGCACGGGAGGCCGAGCGAGACGGGCAGAGAGGUGGAGCGGCUAGUGCAGCCGCUGAGGGGGGCUUUAAGGGAGAUGGAGGAGGAAAUGGUGGUGGCCCUGUGGUGCGUGGAGCGUGCUCUAGUGUGGGGCCAUGGCAGCUGGACUGGCGUGGUGGGGGGCGGGGAGGGGGACGAGUGGGAGGAGUGGGAGGAGUGGGAGGAGGAGGGGGAGGAGGAGGGUGAGGAGGUUGAGGAAGGGGGGGAGGGGGAGGAAAGGGAAGGGAGGGAAGGAAGCUGGGAUGGGAGGCAGUCGUUGGGGGGUGGGAGGGGGGGGGAGGGAGGAGAGUGGAGAGUGGGGAGGGCGGGGAGGAAGAGGAGGAAGGGGAAGGGUUGCGGAGGAGUGGCGAAGGGAUGGAGGGUGAAGCUCACGCAAAGAGAGUCUGUUAGGCCUCUGUUGGCAGGGGAUGGGAGUGGGAGUGGGGAGGCGAGAGGGGAGGGUAGAGGAGAUGGGAGUGGGGAGGAGAGAGGGGAGGAGAGCGGGGAGGAGUGGGGGGAGGAGAGCGGGGAGGAGAGAGGGAAGGAGAGGGUUGAGGGAAGCAGGGAGGAGAGGGAGGGGGAGGAGGGACGGAGGGUAGAGGGCGAUGAGGGGAGAAUAGUGAGUGAGGGGCAAGAGGAUGAGAGUAGCCGGGUAGUGGAUUCGGCAGUAAGGAUGCGGGUAGAGGAGCCUGGUGCGACAACUCAGGGAGGAAGGACUGGCCGGGGUGAAGCAACCCAAAGCACUCACCAUUGCGGCAAAUCCACGCCGUAUAGGACGAGAGCAGCGGCACAAGAGGCGCACAGGACAAGAGGCAGGAGAGCGGGGCGGAAGCGAGCGAUGGAGAGCUUUGUCCGCGAGUACAACCAUGUACUGGACAUGCUUAUAGCGAGUAAGAGGCAGCACCCGGGGGAGAGCAUAGUGCGGAACUCGGCGAUGCUGUCGUUCAACUCGCUGGUGUUCAGCAUGCAGGCUCUCAUGGAGGAGAGCGAGGAGCUGGCAAGGAGUGCCAGGGAGAUGCUGCUGGUGGAACAGCCUCUUGAUGUGGGACACAUGGCGGCUAUCAGGUUUACUUGA